UGCGACUGACCGUCCGCUGGCAACGCCGAGAUAACAGCGCCACGCUUUUAAGUAUCUUCAGCACGCAUCAUACAUAGAAACUGCGCGUUUCACCCACCAUCAUGCCAGAGCAUACUUCCGACGAAGUCACGGAAUAUGAAGAACAGUACAAACUACUAGGAUGCUAACGAUCAUACUGAAACCUCGGUGGAGGAUGCGGACUCGGAUCUGCCUUUCCCGACAUCAACCAUGAGCUCUGACAACGCCAACAAAUCCGAGGAACGCCGGAUGGACAGACUCGCUGCAUAUGGAGCACUCAUUUCCAUACUGAUCUUCGUAUGCAUCACUUGGUUCAUCGUAUUCACGAACAACCCUACAUCAAUGGGAUGGUUCCCCAUCCACCCGCUUCUCCUGAGCUUAGGUAUCGGCUGCUUCACCUAUGGGAUCCUGACGCUCCAACCAACUGCAUACCCAAAAACUAAAGCAGCUGGCCUACAACGACACCAGAGAACGAUGCUCUUCGUCGGCUUCCCAUGCGUCGCCUUGGGCAUCCUAGCAGUCGAGAUUCAGAAAUUCAACCUAGGACAUGGACAUUUCGCGACAUGGCAUGGGAUUUUCGGACUUGUUUCUGUCGGGUGGCUCGUGGGACAAGUGAUCCUCGGCGGCGGAAGUGUGUGGUAUGGAGGUGCAGCGUUUGGUGGCGGUAUGAAGGCCAAGAAGUUAUGGAAAUACCACAGGCUGUCUGGCUAUGUCCUAUUCCCUCUUCUCCUGACCACCGCUCACCUUGGAGGCGCGUGGUCCGUUUGGGUGACCUCCCAUAGCCAGCCAGUAGUGCGUUUUGUCGGGUAUACUGUUGCGCCGAUAGUCGCAAUUCUAGCUCUCUACGCGCGUGUCAGAACAUCCAAAUUGAAGUUCUUCUGAUGCUCUCAAACAAAUUUCUUUGUCUUAGAUUAAAUU